AUGCCAGAACCUGAGCCCGACGUAUAUGCUAUGCUCGAGUCAUCCUUCCAAGCCUCUCCGAAUCUACACCAAUCGAAGCGCCUACCGCUCCGCAGCGACGACUACCGUACCUACUCGAGAGCUGCAGCGCCCCUGAAACGUGACUAUUCAUACACCACACAAGCUACCGAUGACACCGAAUCGACGACCCAAAGCCAGCACAACACGCCGCUACCAUCCCCGGGUCUGUUGAACGGAGCAGACAGCGGCCUCCCGCCUACUCCACCUACAGCUUCUCAGGACGGAACAUCUACACAAAUGCCCGAGCAACCGCCACUUGCUGACAGCAUACGGAACUCUCUCAUAUCACAGAAGUCGUCCCUCAGCACUCCGGUCAAUGCGCGCAGUCCUCCCACGCCAGAUCCCAGUCCACCGCGAACUAACGCUUCCCAUGCUUCCAACGGCACCAAUGCUACCAAUGUGACGCUCGAACGACCGCCGAUUUACACGUAUCCAUCCUCGAGGGCCGACUCUUUUCGCACCGCCAGAGAGGAUCCCUUCUCCUCCGACCGCGAGGACAGCAGAUCAGUGACACCUGCAAACGACAGACUAAGCACUGUUGAGGAAGACCGAGGGCUGGGCCUGGCAUUCGAGCACGACCAGAAUGAUGUCACGCCCACCAACAAACAGGGCCCCUACUUCCCCGCUACUGAACAUGUGGAUUCAACGGUCGGUGCUGAGGAGGACAAGGGAUCCCAGGUGGUCGAGGAUAUCCCAGAUCGGGAGUGGAACACAGACCUCAUGCGGAACGUAACGGUUCGCAGAAAACGCAGAACACUAUCCAAAUCUCCUCGCAAAGUUUCCGCCCCAGAACCCGUCGCACAGCCCGUCGUAGAGCCCAUCGCAGAACCCGCCGUCCCUGCCGUCACCAUCGUCGAAGCCGCCUCCCCAACCCCAAGCAACAGAGCGCGACGCGCUUCCAGUCUGCGCAAACGCGUCGAAGCCAGCCACAAUAGUCCUGUCACGCCGUCCAUCGAAAACUUCGCGCAUUCCAUUGGGUGGCCCUCAGAGGGCGGAGGCAUGUCGGGAGAGAAGCAGCGCGAUCACAGCAACAAGCGACUCUCGACAGCAUCAGUGGCUUCGACAGUAGUAUCAGCCCAUGUUAUCAUUAACCAACCGCGACGAACACAAACGUUGCGACAUUCGGGACGGAACAUGGCCUACCGAAGAGACAUCAGCGCACCCUCGGAGCUUGGCUCCAUGACCCACUCGAAUCGGAACUCGAUGAUCUCCCAGUACGACGACAUGCCGCCGCGUCGCCUGGUACACAAGAGGACGAACAUCGGUGACAGGAGUGCGAGGUUUAGCACUGACUCUGAUGUCAGUUCUCAGCGCAUCAUGUCUCCGUCACUGUCGUUGCGAUCGAGGACUAUCGAUAGCUCGGCGCAUACACAAGCGCAUCAAGAAUCGCUGCGGAACGUGCUACAGCCUGCCGCAGACAUACUGAGUCGACACAGCACAGUAUCGCGAUCAGGUGGUAGUUACCACAAGCGAGUGAACUCUGCGCCCGAAGCCACGAGACGAACGCUAUCUUCAAAGCCAAGGAACUUUACAGAGAUCCUGCCAUCCGAAAGUCCACGGCCGAUUGAGAACCCCUCUAUACAACCGCCUAUAAUACGAGCUCCAUCACCGACGCUGUCCCCGAAGCCACGCAGGGCAUCGCCCACUUCACGAAAAGGUAGACGGCAGUCGCCAGCCGUUACUGAGGUGAAGUUACCGAAGGAUCUCGAGAAAACUCUAGCCGAUCUUCCUGACCAGGGCGUAGAUGGACCAGCCGAACGCGAUGUCUUCAUGGGCGCGAGCCAUCCUGUUGAAGAUGCUCGUGUGCCAUCUGCGCUGACAGACAGAGUUCGACGUUUGCUUGCGGCCCGUGAGACUGCAGAGGAAGCUACUCUUGUUGUUGACUCCAAUCAAAAUCCUGCUACAUCCGAAAACCUGGCGAAAUUCUCGCCGCUGAAAGAUAGUGAACCUCAAUUGCGUCAAGGCCCGCGCUCAUCAAGACCAGUCUCAUGGGGGAAGCGAGCAUCUCUACACCAAGAGAGCGCUUCCUUGUCUCCUGACAUGGCUGUCCGGCCCAUCUUGGACGAUCGUGUGUACACGGAAGAGAUAAAACGCCGGAGUCAGGCAUCACGACCUGACUCUGGAGACCACGGCCGCGUCAGUUUCGAUCGAUCCGCUUCGCGAUCUGCUUCGCGGACUGAAGAGCAUGCUAAUGCACGGCACCUGUACUCUCAAUCAACGCCUUUUUCCCAGUUCUCCGACACAGUUGAAGUCACCGAGGCGACUGCUGUGAGCAUCUACCCCCACAAUAACAACUCCCUGCUCGUUGUGCAGCAAUCGCGUGGAAACUCCCUGUUGCCAGAGCAGCGUCAGCUGACCGACAACACAUAUCUCACACCGCAGGACGACCGAGAGGUGCGGAAAUCACCCACUCCACCGUUUGUCGAUGCAGACGAAGCACCUCAAGAGGCUCGUGAAGAGUUUGAUGAGCCAUACCCCCAACCAACUCUUACCUUUGAGCCCUCAACCCCUCCGAUGCAGUCUGACCUGCCCCAGCCUGAUGGUGUAGACUCGCCUCUUGAGAACCCCCGAGACCCACCAGAGCCGCCCAAAAUCAAUUUCAUUCCUCCCACUCCCAUGGAAGAACUUGAGAAGGAACUGGUACCCGGGCCACCAGGACCACCUGAACGAUCCGAUUCUCACCCCCAACGCCGAUUAUCUGUUCUGCAACGAGCUCGUCGGUACUCUGACAAUCUCAUCACACCGCUCUUCGCUCGUGCUUCAAAUAACCGAACCCGGUUCGACAACGACUCUCACCGGCACACUCACCGCAAUCCCUCGGUUCCCAGUGUCAAUGACGAAGACGGCACUCUUCAUCCUUUCUGGCGCCCACGCGGAUUCUGGGACGGCUUUGAAGAUGGUGAUUCAGAGAGCGACGGGGAAGAAGGUCUGCCCCAGGGCGGCGACACCAGCGACAUUGAAGACCCAGAGCCAGAACCACCACGACCUCGACGUGCCAGCACUCUCGGCAACAAGCUGAAAGGUGGUUUCCGUGGCUCAGGCGGCUUCCUCAUCGGCAACUCUCUCGGUGUCGAACGUGCCGGCACGAACAAACGCCGUCAUCACGUCACCCUCCCCCCGCACUUCCGGACUCCUCGCACAGCAGGCCACUUGGCGUCACCCAAGGUCGUCAUACAAGCACCCACACAACCUCUGGGGCGCCAUGGCGGUGGCGGUAUCACCAAGCGUCGUUCCAGCCACGACCUCCGUCGCAGCGCUUCCAUGCCAGACAACAUGUCAACUGUCUCCGUUGAGUACGAACAGUCCCGUCGAGGCCGCGGCUCCUGGCGUCAAGGAAAGAGUCUUCCAGGCUUGAAGAAAUACCACGUCCAGUACAUUGGCAUAUCCGGUGUCAAGGAGAGGCUGAGGGAACGACGCACAGAGAAGAGGCGAGAGAAGAUUAGACGUAGUAUCGGAAGUAGAUAUUACGUCGACCCUGUGGCCCCUGGAUCUGCGUUUUCGCAGUAG